AUGCACCGCGUACUCAUCGUGGGCGCGGGCGCUACCGGGUCUUCAGCUGCGCUGCGGCUGCGCCAGCUGGGCGUGGAGGCCAAGUUGGAGGUCUGGGAGAAGGCUCGGGGACCAGGUGGUCGCAUGAGCACGAACCGGCAGGAUAUCGAUGGAAGCACUGUGCGUGCGGACAUGGGGGCCCAGUAUCUGUCCCUUGACCCUGCGGAUGCUGCGAGCACUCAAGUGUCCGAGCUGCUCUUGGCCAAGGGCAUCUGCGCCAAGGUGUCCCCAGCUCAGCUUUCUGCAACGCCCGAGCGGCAGCGCGACUGGGAGCAUUUGGCUGGGACCGCAGGCGGUGUCAAUGACGCGCUGAAGGCACUGAUUGAGGAG